AUGCCUAAAACAAGAGGAGAAAUUAAAAAAAAUAAUUUAUUAUCUUGUGCGGCGUGUCCGAAAUUUAUUGAAGAUAACGUAUACCUCAAAUGCAUAUACUGCUUUAAAAAUUUUCACAAUUUGUGUGUCGGUAUUGCUUCUUCUGAUAAAAGCACUGGGAGCACCAUAAAUACCUGGGAAUGUCCAGAUUGUAAAGUUGCUAGGAAGAGAGGAGGUGACAACUCUAAUACACCAUUACGCGGUGCUACUGCCACAUAUUCCCCACCCACUAUUAGUGACAGCGCUCAAAAUGUCACAAUGCGACGCAGAGAAAUGUCACCACAACCAUCUCUUACUUCCACUGAUAUAAGAAACAUAAUAAGAGAAGAACUGGAGCUUGUUCAAAAUUCGUUGAUAGAUAAAUUCAAACACAUUGUUAGAGAUAUGGUUAAGGAAGAAAUACAUUCCUUCGAAAGCACGAUAGAAGCAACUGAAAAGGCUAUAGCAUUUUUAAACGAUGAAUAUGAUACCAUUAAGAAGAACUUAGACAUGCACCUGCAAAAUUUAUCUGAAAUUCGUAAAUAA